AUAGCUUCGUGUGGAAGGCAGGACGGCAGUGGACACUGUGUACCAGCCUUUAUACUCUCUCGCCUAGUUGGGUUCGGGGGAAGAGUAGCUGCUUCCGUCUCCGUAUGCUAUCGUGCCCCUCUUCUCCGACCGCUGCCCUAAUCGUACCACCGAUCACCGCCGUCGCGUUUCCAGAGCAAUGGUGGGCCUCACCGGGAGUAAUGGCGGAGUUGCGACGGUGGCGGAGCCGCAGUACGAGAAGGCGAAGAUAUCGGUGUGGUGGGACAUCGAGAACUGCCAGGUUCCGAAGGGAUGCGAGCCCCACUCGAUCGCACAGAACAUAAGCUCGGCGCUGGCGACGAUGAACUACUGCGGGCCUGUGUCGUCGAUCUCCGCGUACGGCGACACUACGGGCAUUCCAAACUCCGUCCAACAGGCUCUCAAUAGCACCGGCAUCGCCUUGAACCACGUCCCUGCAGGAGUUAAAGAUGCAAGCGACAAGAAGAUUCUGGUGGAUAUGUUAUUCUGGGCCGUGGACAAUGCUGCGCCUGCUAAUUUUUUGUUAAUUUCCGGUGAUCGGGACUUUUCUAAUGCUCUGCAUCAGCUGCGCAUGAGGAAAUACAAUAUUCUCCUGGCUCAACCUCAGAAAGCAUCUGUACCACUUGUUGCUGCCGCUAAAAGUGUCUGGCUCUGGACAAGUCUUUUGGCUGGAGGGCCACCUUUAUCGAAUAGCGGCUCUCCUCAAUCUGUUGACAGCAACUCUAGUUAUUUUUCCGACUCUGAAUCAUUGCAUGGUCUUGGUCCUGAUCCUGUUCACUUAGACCAGCCAGGGGAUUCCUUCUAUGAGAGCCAUCACUCUGGGACUCAGAAAGCCUCAAGUAUGGGGAGGGGAAAAGAUGCUAAACAUAAAGGGAAACAGCUUCGGAUGAAUCUGAGUCAACCAAAUAUUUCACAAUCUUCAAGUGUGCCACUAGGAGUUAAAGAAGAUCAGAAUAGUUCAAAUUCCCAUCAACCUGGAUAUAUGCAUGUGAAGCAAUUCGAGGACCCCCCGGAUUUAUCUAGUACUUGUGAUCCCGGAGUAACCUCAAGCAUGCCUGCCCCAAACUUCGUGCCUGGCAGUGCUGACCUUUCCUGGACUACCGACAAUAACAUUCAGAGUGAUUACCAAAACUAUUACUCGCGUCCUGUAAGGCCAAACAACGUUCCUUUGCAGCCUCCGUUUUCACCGGGUAAUGUGCCUCCACCUGAUCCGCGUGCCUUUGCUUCCCAUUCAAGGCCUCCAAGGCCUGAUGGACCAAGCUUCACACCAGGUCCUCCAACAAAAGUGCCCGAUGUUGGAAAGCUAAACCAGCCAGUGGAUUCCUUCUAUGAGAGCCAUCACUCUGGGACUCAGAAACCCUCAAGUAUGGGGAGGGGAAAAGAUGCUAAAUAUAAGGGGAAACUGCCUCGGAGGAAUCCGAGUCAACCAAAUAUUUCAGUAUCUUCAAGUGUGCCACCAGGAGUUAAAGAAGAUCAGAAUAGUGCAAACUCCCGUCAACCUGGAUAUAUGCAUGUGAAGCAAUUCGAGGACCCCCGGGAUUUAUCUAGUACUUGUGAUCCCGGAGUAACCUCAAGCAUGCCUGCCCAAAACUUCAUGCCUGGCAGUGCUGACCUUUCUUGGACUACCAACAAUAACGUUCAGAGUAAUUACCAAAACUAUUACUCGCGUCCUGUAAGGCCAAACCACGUUCCUUUGCGGCCUCCAUUUGCACCAGGUAAUCUGCCUCGACCUGAUCCGCAUGCCUUUGCCUCCCAUUCAGGGCCUCCAAGGCCUGAUGGACCAAGCUUCACACCAGGUCCUCCAACAAAAAUACCCGAUGUUAGCGAGAUAAAUAUUUCUGGAUACCGCGGCAAUGAUUAUCAGCCCUCUACUUCACAACCACGAAUUGGAGUAGAGUUAAAACAAAAUCACACAAGCCAUGUAAAAUUAAAUGGUCCGCAGAGGGGCCACGUGGAUAACAAGCCUUCAUUUUACAAUGAUGCACUGAACAACGCGCAUCCCAAUGGUCGAGAAUUUCAAUCAUCAUCUUCCUCAGCCACGGUCACCACUAAUAUCUCCAGUCAUGGUGUAUGCGCAAUUCCAGGAUGCUCUAAACCGUCUGAAUAUGAUCAAGGCCUGAUCAGGGUAGUUCUACUUGCCUUGAAGACGUUAAAAACUGAGAAGAUUAUGCCAAAUCAAGCAAAUAUAACUGAUUGCAUACGUUAUGGUGAUCCCAAGCACCGAACAGCUGAUGUUAAGAAAGCUUUAGAGAGUGCAGUUGAGCAGAAGCUUGUAGUUAAGAAGAACUUGAGAGGUUCUUUGCAAAUAUAUGUUGGUAAGAAUCAGAAACUAUGGGAGUGUGUGAACCCCAAUAGGGGUUAUAUUAUGCUUUUCCCAGAAGCAACAUGGAAUGAAAUCCGUAAAUUUUUAACAUCCUCUCCUGGCCGAUCUGCAGUAAUGGCUUCUCAAUGCAGGUAUGAAGCUGCUACUAUUAUGAAGCAAAUGUGCUUAAAAGAGUUUGCUUUGGGCGAUGUACUUCAGAUCUUACACCUGGUGAUCAAUGUGAAGAAGUGGGUCACACAUCAUCAGUCAGGAUGGCAGCCAGUUAACAUCACUGUCACAGAGGCCUGACCUGAAUUGGGGGCUGCAGCUGGGGCAUAAGCCCAAUAGGAGCUAGUUGUUGUUUAAAGGAGGGCUGGUGGAAAAUUAUUUGAUAUGGAGUACUCGAAGGUUUCUUGGAACUAGGGAUCAGUUAAUGGAGGUUUGUUUUCUGAAUGACUAUCAACUAUAGAGUUAAUAGCUUUGGAAGUUUAUUUGAGGUGGUUGAGUAAGGUUCAUUGGUACAAUGACAUUGGUUUGUUUUUUUCCGCUUCUUAGGGAAUUAGAAAGAACGCCCGGAUAAUUGUCUGUUGAGGCAACUAUGCUGAGUUUGUAGGGUUGCUAGACACUAGCUAGUUGCUACCAUGAUCCGCUGUCUCCAGUAUAAGGGUUUACAUUGUGUAUAUGCGGUAUACAUUGAUGGGUAUACUUGCUUUGCCUGGGGUUGGCUCUUUUUGUGAUUGUUUAGAUGUUUUGAGGGGAAGUCGACAAACUAAGAAAAAAUUGGCGCUAGGUCUCCAAUGUUUCUGUGAUUUAUUGGGGACUAGUAGUUUGACUAAUUUGUUACCUCCAAUAUCGUGGAGUUAGCAAUGGAAGAGGUUUUUAGAUUGCAACAAGCGGCUAUCGGCGAGAAACUAUUCCUGAUAUUGGUAAUCAAAUGAAGAUGGCGCUGUUUACUAAAUGAGCAGACAGAUGAAUUUCUGUUAUUGUUACCUCCAGUGCUCGUGGAGUUAGCAACGGAAAGGUUCCAGAUUGUGUAGUGCAGUGUCCGGGUGAAAUUAAUUUCUGAUAUUGAUAAUCAGAUCAAAAUGGAGAAGUUUACUUAGUGAGCAGAUAAAAGAAGGUCCUUGUGGCUGCAGACAUAUAUUGAAGCAGCCAAAGUUACGUUGGAGGACUUUUUUACCUUCUUGAAUCUCGCUUCAAGCUGUUUCGAUUUAAAGGUGGAAACCAUUUUGAUCUCUUAUCAGUGUAUGAUAGAUACUAGCAGCAGCUAAUACACUAUAUGAAGAGCAAAUGUAGCGCCAGAUGACCACACGUUUCAUUUCAAUGCGGUAUCAGUUGAUAUAACCAUGAAGAUGCCAGUUGAUGCUGGAAUGCUAAGAUCUCUGUUGAGGUUUAGUAAGAAAGACGCAAGAUUGGCUGUUGAGAGGCCCACUUCACAACCCAUUUUCAAAGUUCCCUUGUUACAUCACAUUAUAUAUAUGCACACACAUAUCGAAUCCGCAGCUCUGUUUCCUUUGUGCGUCGGUGUUUAGUUACUGGGUCUUGUCAGGCACUGUUAAAUCUGUUUAAUAUACAUUUUUACAUGAGCUUGUAUUUUAUUUUGCCAUGCAAUGGCUCUGAACAAUCAACUUAGCAGCCAAUGCAGAGGUUUCGUUCA